CCCAUCCAAAGUCCUAAACAUUUCCAGCUCUGCCCGCAGCAGGCCCACUGCCACUUUCCCUUCAUCAGGCCGCUGCCAGGCUUCCUCGGCAGGGCUUGCGGUCAGAGUUUUGCAUUGUCUGUACUGUAUCAAAAACACAGCUUUGUGCUGACUAAAAGCUCACGUUUUAGCUGGACUAGUGCUCUGAUUUCUGACACUAAUGGCCUUAAAGAAAAUGGGGGAUUUGAAAUGUGAUGGAACAGAGCGCCUGACUUUCGGCUAUGUGAAGGGAAUUCUUCAGAGCACGAACACCUGUGACAUCUGGGAUCAUAUCUGGAACUUCCAAGCCAAGCCCGACGAUAUACUGAUCUGUACCUAUCCUAAAGCAGGAACAACAUGGACGCAGGAGAUAGUGGACUUAAUACAAAAUGAAGGUGAUGUUGAAAAAACUCAGCGAGCACCAACUCAUGUGCGAUUUCCUUUCAUCGAAUGGGUAAUCCCAUCCAUAGGAUGCGGUUUGGAACAAGCUAAUGCAAUGCCUUCACCACGGAUCCUGAAAACACAUCUUCCCAUCCACUUGCUGCCUCCAUCUUUCAUAGAGAAAAACUGUAAGAUCAUCUAUGUAGCAAGAAACCCCAAGGACAACAUGGUUUCUUAUUACCAUUUCCAAAGGAUGAACAAGGCGCUUCCGGCCCCAGGGACCUGGGAGGAGUAUUUUGAGAAUUUUCUGACUGGGAAAGUGUGCUGGGGCUCUUGGUAUGACCACGUGAGAGGAUGGUGGGAAGCCAAAGACCAACACCGCAUGCUCUACCUCUUCUAUGAGGACCUGAAGACGAACCCAAAGCGUGAAAUUCAGAAGCUGGGAGAAUUUAUUGGAAAAAGGCUGGAUGACAAGGUUCUAGAUACAAUUGUCCAUCAUUCUUCAUUUGAUGUUAUGAAACAAAAUCCAAUGGCAAACUAUUCAUCGGUUCCUAUUGAAUUCAUGAACCACUCUGUUUCUCCAUUCAUGAGAAAAGGGGCAGUUGGAGACUGGAAGAAUCACUUUACUGUGGCUCAGAAUGAGAGAUUUGAUGAAGACUAUAAGGAGAAAAUGGCUAAUACAAGUCUGUCUUUCCACUUCCGAUUUGAGUAAGAGAGAAAAAAAAUUUGUUGGGUAACCAUCAAUAAAAGUUUUAUUACUCAGACCACACAAGGUUGGAUUCAAGCUCCCAGACAGAGUGUUUAUUAUGUUUUCUUUUGUUCUCUCUAAAAAGAAUAUGACAGUGUGCAGAGGUUGGGGGCAAGGUGGGAAGUGGAGCAGAACGGCAAUGUAGAGGGAUGGGCUUCAA